UGCAGGACACCGCGGUUGGGAAUGAUUUGAUUUAGGUGCAUGUACACUAAUUUGCUUUCUGUAGAGGGCAUGUUUGUUGUUUGAUGGGUCAGAAAGAGUUCACUCAAAACCUGAAGGAACCAUACAGACAUGUGAGUCAUUACAAGGAUUUGCGUGACGCAUUUUCACGUUACAGUGAGGAAAAACAUCUAGGUUUUAGGUUUUCCUUCAUGUGUUUGGUACAAAACUAAGAGUAAACAUCUCUUCUUCCACUCUGAGAGGUUUCAUGUAAUGAGAUGUUUCUAGCAGGGAUGAACUGACAAAAACAGCCAGAUGAAGACUCAAGAAACUCCUUACAGGAGCUCACUAAAACCACCGGAAUCUUACUCCGAAGUUAUUCUGCAUCUGAGACUUUUCACAAGAUCAACUCUUCUAAAUGCUUAUCUGAGCUGAAGAACCGGAAUGGCUUGUAUCCGUGAAGGUCAAUAAAUCUGACAUUCACAGCAGCGUCUUGGCAAGCAGGACUGCGGAUCUAUUUUUCCAAAUUACUCAUCUCGUGUAGAGGAGACUUAAAAAUUCAGCUCAUGGCAUUUGACUCAGGCUGGCAUUUGCACGCAAUGUAAAAUCUGGAAUAAUCUGGACUCUUAAUGAGCGCUGUGAAUAAUGCAGUUGGACCGUAUAGAUGAUGACAUUCAAAUGCAAACUUGCGAGUCCCGGAGGGGCCCGAAACGCUUGUCGGCGCGUUUAACGGAUGGGGCCCGGGCUUGCCGGAGGACACCAAAUACCCCAGACGCCAGCGUGCUCUAACUGAUGUGGUAAAACAGCAGAUUUUCCAGCAGACUUCCGAUCGGCCAGGUGAUGGAAUAGAUGAUGUCGGAAGUACAGGGCACUGUGGAGUUCUCGCUGGAGCUGCACAAGUUUCACAAUGUGGAUCUCUUCCAGAGAGGCUUCUAUCAGGUGAGGGCAGGUCUGCGUGUGUCUCCUCGGGUUCUCCACAGAAUCACUGCCACAACACCUGGAUACACAGGCGAGUGCAGUUUCAGCAGCGCAGGGGUUCACGAUGGCGGCGUGUUCAGUCGGAUCUUUCAGAUCCUGUACAGGAAUGAGGAGGUGACCCUGGAGGACCGCAUGAACUUCAGAGUGCACCUGCUGCUGGACGGGGAGAGGGUGGAGGAAGCUGUGAGUGAGGUGGAUGUCCAGCUCAAACUAGAUCUGCACUUCACUGACAAUGAACAGCAGUUGGCGGAUAUCUCUUCAGUGCCUCUGAUUAGCAGCAGGACGUUGGGUUUGCAUUUCCAUCCACACCAAGGCCUACACCAUCACCUGCCCGUCAUGUUUGACUAUUUCCACCUGUCCGUCAUCUCUGUCUCAAUCCACGCCUCCCUGGUGGCACUGCACCAACCACUGAUCAGUUUCGCACGAAGUGGAAAGGGGGCGUGGCUGGGUAAAGGAUCUCCAGAGAGUGAAGCUCCGCCCUCUGCAAUGUCAGUGGAGAAUCUGAUGUUUGGGGCGGGAUAUUGCAAACCUGUGCCAACAGAGGGCAGUUUUUACGUGCCGUCAGAGAACUGUCUGCAAAGAGCUUACACGUGGCACCGGCGCAUCUGUAAACUGUUGCUGGCGGCUCACAGAGCUCUGCGCUCAUAUUACACGGCACUAAUGAAGGAGAUCCCUCAACUGCAACACAUAGAGAUGGAGGACCUUCCCCUUGAAGAAACAUUAAACCAGCUCACCACUGAACUGCAGUUGCAGAGCGGUCAUGAGAAGGUAGCAGAACAGAUCAGUAAAGAUCUGACACAGCUCUGUGCUCAGCUGUCUGUUCUUUGGACGCAGUUUUUGGAAGCCACGGUUCCUAAUCCACAUAUCCGCUCAUAUCUGGCCCAAGAGCACCACACACUCAGGGUCAGGAGAUUUUCUGAAGCGUAUUUCUUCACAGAACAUCCCAAAGAGUCCUCACUCACAUUUCAGGAGGAGCUUAUCAACAGACAUGCACAGGUGGCCACAGAGAUGCGCAACUCUGAUUACCUGCUCCGAAUGCCUCCACUUCCUGUGGAAUGCCUGGACAUCGAUGGAGACUGGAGCAGCCUGCCAAUCAUCUUUGAAGACAGAUACGUGGACACGCCCUGUUUAGACUAUAACCUCCAUGUGCAAAAUCAGACUGUCUUAAACUCUCAGCCACGUCCUGAGCCAUCAAGGAUGGAAGAGCAAUCCAUUAGUCCGGUUGAGGGACCACAGGACACCAAUUCACCAGCAACACCCCCGGAUAAACCUCCCUGUGAGGAUUACAUGGACUUGCCCACAUACAUGGCCCUGAUUGGCCGGCAGGAGGACUAUAAAGAUACCAGAGCUCAAACAGAGACUCUGAUUGCCCAUGUGGGUGAGACUGAUAUUGAUAGAAGCGAAUGUAUCACGAUUAGCUCAGAUUCAAGAAUUGAUUCAGCUGAUAAGGCCACAUGCCAAUAUGAAAGUGAGGAAGGACUGGAAGUUGAUUGCAGGUCUGUAGACAACGAUGAAGCAAUAGACACAGGUAACCUGGAGAAAACUAGUUACCAAAAAGAAGCUGUUGAAUCCGAUCAUGCAGGUCUAAAACAAACAAAUGUUAUCCAAAGUACUGAUUUUAGUAGCGGACAAUCAUUGCUGCUUGUUCCGACGGAUGCUCCAGAACUUCCCGACCUCAACAGUCUUGACAGCUUUGAGUUUUUGCCCACUCAUAACCAUGACAACCAUCUUGAAACACCAGGCAAUACUGGGAGUCUUGGCAACGAGGAGCCACAGUCAGCAUUAGAUAACAGAUACAUUGAAGCACCUGCAAAGGAUUAUGGGAGUAAGGAUACAUCACCAGCUAAUCUACUAAACACCAACUCAAUUGGAACUGACACUUCAGCCAUGUCUCCUUCUCGUAACGUUCUACAACAGAACCGUCGCUUGUCCGAAACUCCGCCCAAGGGUGUUUUCUUGGGCGGAUCUAAGCUAAUGAACCGCUCCUCCUCUGUAAUCUCAGACUCUGGUAUUGAGAGCGAACCAAGCUCUGUGGCCUGGACCCUGGAGGGUCGAGGAGUCGUCACAGGGGGUCGUGACAUCUUGCAGAACUUGGUGCGGCAUCGGCCGGCGCAUCAGAGCUCUUUGGAGGGCCUACAGACCGAAAGUCACGGCAGCCUGCCCAGCGCCACGCAGGCCUCGUUGACCUCAAUAAGCUCCCUGCCGUAUGAAGAGGAAGACGAGAGGCAGCUCAGCACUUUGACCAAAUCUGCCUCAGCACCGCAGAUCAGCAGCCCUGAUGACACAGAGGAUGAUCGUGAAACACCUAAUCAAGAGAAGAGGAAUGUUUGUGUGGCCAAUCAGCUGAGUCUGAGUGAUGAAGCAGCCAAUAAGGUCAAGCAGAGCGUUACUACGGAGGAUAGAGAGGAAACAACCAAUCAGAGUAGUGUUUGUGUAGCCAAUCUGCUGAGGCAGAGUGAGGAAGCAGCCAAAGAGGUGAAACAGAAUCUUCAGGAAAUGACCAAUCAGGAGAAGAGGAAUGUUUGUGCGACCAAUCAGCUUAGGCAAAGUGAGGAAGCAGCCAAUGAGGUGAAGCAGGAUCUUAAAGCCGUUACUGAGGAGGACAGAAACGAAACAACCAAUCAGGAGGUCAACAUGGAUGAGUUGUCCAAUCAGGAAACAGCUGAUCUUUAUUUUGCAAAUGCCAAAAUGUUACUACACCAGCAAUUUGGGACACAUAAUGGCAUUGAAAACACCACAGGGGAGGAACUGACUGAAAACUCUGAAUGUCAAGCAAAUGUAUUACUUGAAGAGUAUUCUGGUCUAACUGAUGACAACACAGAGGUCUGUAGGUGUGACAAUAAAUAUUGCGAACACAAGGGGGCGCUAGAAUCAAACACAUAUCAAAAGGGCACUGAUGAUGUCAGUGUCUGUCACAUUCAUCUGAAUGAACUUGAGGAGGUAAAUAUGGAGAACCUCCCAGAUUCACCAACAAGUGACAAGAGCAGUCACGAAAUUUCGGCCAAUGGGAAAGAAAGGUCUGUUGAUCUCAUCAAGCUUCCAGCCAAUGAGAGAGAGCAGCACACGUUAGAUGGGCAAAGCAGAGCCAGUAAAGUGCCAAGUACAGGUCUGGCAUUUGUGAAUAAAAAGGUGGUGGAGGUUGUCAACCUGUCGGUGUCAUGUGCUCCCACAUGUCUGCCUUUCUCAUCCGUAUUACGCGAUUCGCCAUCGGUCAGCGGAAUCUCCACACGCCAGGCCACCUCCCCCAUUACCCAUCAACCCCUGGGCUCCUUUGGAAUAAUUUCCCCCAACUCUUCCUCCGGUGAUGAUCAGGAAAUCAACGAAAGAAUGAUUAACUUUUAUAAGGCAAAGGAAGCCAUGCUGAGGGAGCUGGUGUUCAGAGGCACUCUCUACAGUGAUCUGCCUUACCUCGCCUCCGAUCAUCCAUACUUCCCUCCUGAGGAAGACGACACAGAGUUUGAGGAUGGGAUACACCUUGUGGUGUGUGUCCAUGGACUUGAUGGUAACAGUGCAGAUCUGCGGUUGGUCAAGACGUUUAUAGAGCUUGGGCUGCCUGGAUCUAGACUGGACUUCCUCAUGUCAGAACGCAACCAGACGGACACAUUUGCUGAUUUUGACACCAUGACUGACAGACUUCUGGACGAGAUAAUUCAGCACAUCCAGCUGUAUAACCUCACCAUCCACCGAAUCAGUUUUAUCGGACACUCUUUGGGGAACGUCAUCAUCCGCUCUGUGCUGACCCGACCCAGAUUUCGCUGUUACCUCUGUAAACUCCACACCUUCCUGUCCCUGUCUGGGCCCCACCUGGGAACACUGUAUAACAACAGCACGCUGGUCAGCACAGGUCUGUGGCUAAUGCAAAAACUGAAGAAGUCUGGUUCCCUUCUUCAGCUUACGUUCAGGGACCACACCGACCCACGACAGACCUUCCUCUACACGCUCAGCAAGAAACCAGGUCUGCAGUUCUUCAGGAACGUGGUGUUGGUGGCCUCUCCGCAGGACAGAUACGUGCCCUUCCACUCUGCUCGCAUUGAGAUGUGUCGGACGGCGCUUAAAGACAGAACCACAGGUCCAGUAUAUACAGAGAUGAUCAAUAACUUACUCCAGCCAUUGCUGAGCUCUCCAAAUUGCCGUUUGAUCAGACAGAAUGUGUUCCACGCAUUACCGAACACAGCCAACACGCUGAUCGGACGUGCAGCUCACAUCGCGGUGCUUGACUCUGAACUCUUCCUGGAGAAGUUCCUUCUGGUGGCCGGGCUCAACUACUUCAAAUAGCCAUGCUUCAGAGAUGACAUCAUGCCUUGAGUUGGGUGGGAGAGCCAAUCAGAUUACACGUCACAUCACGUCAGCCAAUCACAUUUCAUUUCAGAGACAUAAUGAGCUCUGGAAUUUUUUUUCAAUAAGUUCAGUGUUUGGACGCAAUCAAAAAAACAGAAAUCGAAGAUUCAGACGACGAAUCUGAAUACGUAUGUAAAAUCUGUACAGAAAGAAUCUUGUAUACUAAGCAAAUAGAGGAAACUAACAGCUGGAGGCCUACACACGCCUUAAUGAAGCUUUAUGAUGUAUUAUCUUAACGUUGAAUAAUCCUAGCUGGAGAGUUAAUUAUAUGAAUGUAAAUUCGGUGUGUAGCUGGUGUUGUAACAACAGCCUUGGUUCUUCAUUCCCCCCAGUCACCGAACGUAUAUUUGCUGCGCCGUUCGUAACUUGAAGAGGUUGAUAUCACUGGACUUUAUACUUGAAGAGUAAAUACGGUCAUUGGCGUUUGAGUUUCGCGUUACGAGAACGCCUCAGUGUUUUCAUGUUUCUUUUUACAGAGUCAUUCUUUUAUAGUUUGUGUGUUUCGACUGUGUUAUGUAGUGAAGUGAGAGUCUCACUGUGAAAUAAGCCAAAUCCAUUGUGUUUUCUGUAUUGUGAUGGAAUACAUUCUGUCUGUUUCCCCUAACCGUGUUCAUUAGGUGUGCAUAGAACAUGAUCUGAAUGUGUUUACCAUUCCAGCCUUAACUAUCAAAAAGUGAGCAUUUCUGAACAUCUACAUCUUGGUUAGUUCAACAUUUUAUCAUCAUUAAAGAAGAAGUCGACUUCCAAAACAAACAUUCACAUAUAAUGUACUCACCCCCUUGUCAUCCAAGAUGUUCAUGUCUUUCUUUCUUCAGUCGUAAAGAAAUUAUGUUUUUUGAGGAAAACAUUUCAGGAUUUUUCUCCAUAUAAUGGACUUCUGUGGGCCCCGAUUUUGAACUUCCAAAAUGCAGUUUAAAUGCUUCAAACGAUCCCAAAUGCGGUUAUAAACGAUCCCAGCCAAGAAACAAGGGUCUUAUCUAGCGAAAUGAUCGGUUAUUUUCAUAAAAAUAAUACAAUUUAUAUACUUUUUAUUCUCAAACGCUCUUCUUGUCUUGCUCUCCUUGAACUCUGUGUAUUCUGACUCAAGACAGUUAGGGUAUGUCAAAAAACAGUUCAGGCAGAGUAAGACAAGACAAGUGU